AUGACCACCACCCAGUGCAGUGAGAGCAUGAAUAGUGUUGUAAAAAAAUAUGUCAACUACAAGCAUGAUUUGUUUCUUUUUUUCCAACACUUCCAAAGGUUAAUUAAUGAUUGCCGUUAUGAAGAGCUCAAAGCUGAUUUUCGAGCAAGUCAAAGUACCCCGAGUUUAACAUUUCUAGUAGAAAUUUUAAAGCAUGCAGCAAGUAUGUACUCACAAGAGGUUUUCGAAUUAUUUCAAGCUAAGUUGUGCAAGGCUUAUGAUUGUAAUAUGCAUCUAUGUGGUGAGGAUGGAACAGUGACUGAAUAUAAGAUCAUUCCUUACCACAAGCGUCACGAUCAUACUGUUACAUACGACUCGUCAAAAGGUACAGUGGUGUGUAGCUGUAAGAAAUUUGAGUUCAUGGGAAUUUUAUGUUCACAUGCACUUAAAGUUUUUUCUUCAAAAAAUGUUAUGAAGAUACCUGGCCAGUACAUUUUGAAGAGAUGGACAAAGGAUGUAAAAUCAGGGAGUAUAGAAGUGACUUCUAUAAGCUAUGAAGAUCCAAUGGCAGUGAUUGGAGGACAAUACAAAGAGUUGUGUCACUUGUGUACUCAAUUGGCAACUAGAGCUGCUGAAAUGGAAAAAACUUAUAAAAUUGCUUUAGAUGGCCUUAACAAGAUAUUGGAAGAGGUGAAUGCAAGUUUAAGAGGAGUUGUAAUUGUGAAAACUUGUCUUGGGACUUCACAUGCCAACAAUAAUUUGUUCAAGCUAAAUAAAACCAUAUGUGUUGAUGGCAUUGAUGUAAGAGUUAGAGGUAUUAAAGUUAAAAGAGAGAACUAA